AUGGAUCCAACAGAAAUUACAAUGAUUAAUGAUCUAGGGCGUGUAUAUGUGAAUAACACAUAUUUAGCAACAAAGCUAUUCAUUGAUGAGCAAGUUGAAGAAAUUAUUGAUUUCAAAAAAAAGUUUAAAGAAAAAGAAAGUGGAUCGGCUUCUUCAUGUUCUCAUGCUACAACGUCUUCUAUCAUGUAUACUGUACAUGAUGACUUUCUGAAAAAUACUAAAUUCUACCAGAUUUCCAUGAUCCACGAAUUAGAUGAGGGGAGUUAUGCCAUCAUUCUUGGAACAAUUAAUAUGUUUACAGAUAAUCAAGAAUGGUACUACCCGGCUUGCAAGAACUGUAAGAGAAAGGUUCAUAAAAUGCCCAUUGAACAGGCAAAUCAUAUGGAUCAUGUGGCUGAGAAUGAAUCUUGGGUAUGUACACAACAGAAGUGCAAAAUACAAGUCAUAGUUGCUGAACCAAGUUUUAUGCUCAAAAUUCGAGUACAAGGCUUGGUGGGAGUAGUGACACUUACUCUGUUUGAUCGGGAUGUUAGAAGUAUUCUAAACAUUUCAGCAUCAGAUUUGAUAGAAAAGUAUGAAAAGAUGGGUGACACUGUUGCUUUUCCUGUUGAGAUCAAUGAACUUAUUGGUAGAAAAAUGGCUUUCAAAAUUAUAGUUAGAGGCUUUACCGCUGGAAGAAAAUACAUUCGUAGUUACAACAUAUCAAAGAUAAGUGAUGAUGUUGACAUAAUUUCUGCACUCGAGAAGCUUGAAAAAGCAAACCACAUUGAGCAGGACACUGAAACUGAGUCUGUUAAUGUCGUGGUUUCAGAUUCCAACUCUCAGGAUACAAUUGGUUUUAAGGGUUCUGCUUCCUUCGUUGCUGAUAAUACUCCUAUCUCUACUUUUCCAAAUACCAUUUCAAUGACUCCAUCAACCAACCAUGACACCACUAGCCUGCUCUCACCAACUACCAAUGUGAAACGUAAACUUGUAGAUGUUUACGAUCUUGAAGAUACUGUUUGUGAGUCAUCAACAAAACCUUCAAAAAAAUCCAUUGGAAUCAAGGAAACUGUUGUGUCCACCCAACUAUUGAUUCCUAAAGUCGAGAAGUGA